AUGGCGACAUCAGGGAAUGAGGGAAAUAAUGAGAAAAUACCAUUUCCUGAUAUUGCAUUGUUAGAUAAAUCAAAGAGUUUUCACUCAAGUGUCGAAGGUAAGAUAUGGAUUCGCUUGUCAAUUAAUUUAUGCUGGUGGCUUCAUGAUAUGUACCAAAUUGAAGAAAAUGAUACAAAUGCAAAAUUGAAGUAUAUCGAAAAUAAACUCGCUCAAUGUAAAUCUUUGUUUCCUGUACGAUUUGCAUUGAUGUUCUCCGAUCCUAAAUCUAUGCCGAGUGAACAACACCCAUUUUUGAUCUGUCGUCAAGAUGAGCAUAAAACAGUUUUAUUAGUAUUUCGUGCAACUGUUUCAUCAAAAUCUAUUCAAGAUGUAUUUACCGAUCUGCAGUUUUAUGCGAAUCGAGAAGUGUAUGAAGGCAACAGACAUUCGGGGUUUGCUAAACGUGCUGAAUCAGGUCCAUUAUUGGCAGUUGUCAAUUGGUUACGACAAGGAUGGAAAGUGAUUGUUACUGGACAUUCUCUAGGCGGUGCAGUAAGCCAACUAUUUACUGCUCAAGUCAUCAAAUCUCUUACUGAAAUUGGUUUAACAGUUGAUCAGGUUGUAUUACGCUGUAUCGCCUUCGGUAUACCACAAUGCGCUGAUCACAACUUCUGGGUCAGCUAUACCACAUGGUAUGAUAUUUUUGAUAGUUACAUUUAUGAAAACGACGCAAUUUUUCGUUUGGUGACGUUCGGAGCUGAUCAAACAAGAAAUAUAGUUGACGCAUUUGUUAGAUACAUUGGUAAAAUCAAAAGAACUAUUAAAUACAUGAUUGAUGAUCCACUACCAGGCGUUGUCGGUUAUGCUGACGAUCAGAUUGAAAAUAUCAUUAGCGACGCUCUGAUUCCAACAUAUUCCGUGUUUGGACGUCAUCAUUUUAUUAUUAAAAAUCAUCAAGGAGAACUGAAUAUUAUUUCAUUAGGUGAAACACCGGACGACAAAGCAACAUUUUUAGAGAAUUUGACAAGCGGAAGAAAUCAUUGGUAUACAUUUUUCAGUGAAAAAGAUUUAGCUCCUGCUGGACCAUUUAAAUUUGUCUAUCGAGAAUUUUUGGAUCACGGUUGUUAUCCGUUUGCUAUAAAUCAGUUAUUUAACGCAGAAGCUACUCGACGAUUAGGCGAUGCUAACUUCUCAACACAAAAGCUAUUGCGAUCACCACUUGACCAUACUUCCUCGAAAUCAGUCUUUAAUCUAUCUGCGUUCAUUUAUUCACAAAACGAGGAUUUUUCAUAUCCUCACUAUAUUUAUUUACAAGGCUUUUUAGUCGACUUCAUUCGUUUUGUGAUAUUACCAGUUGAGCUGGCAAAAUCUGAGAAAGACCGAAAACAAGAUGUAGUCAUGACACAAGAACAAUCUGAUGGACGUGGUGCUUUAUACUUUAAAUCAUCGCAAUCAACAGAAUUUAUCAAGCAUCAUUCAACCUUUUUCGUUGAGGUUACAACGUACUUCGGUUCAUGUUUUACUCGAGUUGCUGUUCUGUCAGAUAUUACCAAUUCAAUGUUUCCAAAUGUUUACGAUCUCGAUCCGGUAUCAACGGUGUUACGAGGUUAUCAUGAAUUAGUUUUAGAUGCCAGUUCGGCUGAACAAUACAAUGAAUCGGCAUUAUCACGAAGCUUUUCAAUUCUAUUCGAUUCAUUUAAACAUAUUUAUUACGAUGAAGGCGAUAAAAUAUUCGCAAGAUAUUUAGCCGAAAUUCAAAGCGUAAAUUAUGUGAAUGAUAUAGAAACAUAUUUGGACGAUAAUAAAAUACCACAGUCAGAAGAAGCCGUUUAUGAAUAUUUUGAAAAUGAAUUAAAGUUGUUGAAAAAUGUAUCGGAAGAUUCACUACAUACUUCGGAUGAAAUACGUGAAAAGGCUAAAAAUCUACAUCAAGUAUUAUUGAACACAUUAACGUUACACCUUUAUGUGAAACAAAAACAAACCCUACCGCCUGAAGCGCUGCAAGGUGAUGCAGAUUCUACUGUCAAUAUAGAGUUGCGCCAAGCUCUCUUAGAUCUAUCACAUAUAAACGUGACAUCGAUUAGUAACUCAGACAAAGUUAGUAUACAACUGGAACAGUUGUAUUUAGAAUUUACUGAACUUCGAGGAUAUCUGCGUCAAUUGCAUAAUCGUCGAGAAAUUAAUUUUAUUCAAAGCAUUUUCAAGUCUGUAAUGGCACCAUUUUUUUUUCUUAAAAUUAAACUGAAUCACUUAGUUGUUGUUUUCAGAAAUCAUUCGUGGAUAAAACAAACCGUACUAAUAGUACAAAAUUAUAUUAUGAACCGAAUUAAUAAUCCCUUAUGGGAGCGUAGAUACUUGGUAUGGUUUUCAAGCAAAAAAUUUCUUAAUCAGAUAAGAAAAACAUUGCUUGAAAUUUCAGUAUCCUUAUUAUUAUCAAUUGGUGAACGGAUAGAAGCGACCGAGGAUGAUUGGCAAAUUUUGUUCAGGCUAGAGGCAUGUGAUCGAUUACAUAAAAUGACGACGGUUAAAAAUGAGAAAGAACGAAAUGAUCUGUGGAAUCAAACAUUUACAAAAGAACCAUUAAAAGAUGUACCCAAUGAGCAUCGUUGGAAUUGGAUCGGGCUACUACAACUCUGUUAUCAAAUAGUUUCAACGCGCAAAAUUUUAAUUCGAAAGCCACCGAAAGUUGUUCUCUCUGGCCAAUCACAAACAGGAAAAUCGACUUUAUUUAAAUAUUUAACCGGGAGGAAUUUAGAGGAACUACGAAACAUCGACGCAUUCAAUACUCGAAUGGCACUUCAGUGUCCUGCUUUUAUUAAAUUUAACAAUGAUGAAAACAAAAAUGAUGAAUCAGGUUUAGUUAUUGAUGUUGUCGACAAUCCUGGCCAAAAUGAUGCUACGGGGCAGGCAGAAAAUAUGUUAGACAUGACAUUGCAUUCAGCUAGUCUAUUUAUUGUGGUAACAACAGUCGUAGAUAUUAAUCAACGACAUAGUAUUGAAUUUAUCAAUAAACUUUUAAAAGCUACAAAAGUCAACAUUCUUAUUUUAAUAAAUCAAGUUGAUGUUCGUUUAUUUGAGGAAUGGGAAAAUUGGAAAGAGAAAAGUUUAAACAACGAUGAAUCAGAAGACGAUGAUUGGGAACACAUGGGGAAAGCUACUAUUCAUACCGCAUCGGAAUCAAUAUCCAAUUUUAGUGCGUUAACAACUAUUAGAAAAUUGAUUGAACGUCCAAUAAACGAAUUGAAAAGUCAACUUACAAAUGAUCAAAAAGAAAUAGAUAAUCGUGUUACGAUUAUACCUACUAUUUUAAAAGAUUUUCGUAAAUCUGAUGCGAGAUUUAACGAUUUACAAAGCUUCGCAGAACGUGAAAAAGACUUUCGUCCUGAAUUAUCAAAAUCAAAUGUGACAAAAUGGAUAGUUGAUAAACUUACUAAAUGA